CUGCGCACCCGGAGUGUGGGACAGGCAGCCCUGAACAGGAAGGGAAGAGCCGCGGGUUACACAUUGCAGAGCCGCUGGCUCCAUUCUCCGGAGAGCCACACGUCGGCUGGGAGCCCAGGAGGAGGCGGAGGUGGAUAAUGAUAAGAAGGAGGAAGGUCACCCUCUCCUGAAGUGCACACACCCUCCUCCGUCUAUGCCUCCCUGGGGGGCUCCCAUGGCACUCACUCCCCCUGUCUGCUUCUCCUGCUGGGGCUGAGGUUGGCUCCUGCUGAUCCCCUUUGCUUGGACUUUUCCUGCAGGAAUCAGGACUUGUUACAGAGGACUUUAUAAAGUGCUGGGAAGAUGUCUUCCUCCAUCCAGGACUCUAUGAUGAGCCGGCAGCAGAAGCUGGAGGGGAUCCUGAGGAACCCACGCUCCCCCAUCAAUGUGGAGAGCCUGAUGGACGGACUCAAUUCUUUGGUUCUUGAUCUCGAUUUUCCUGCACUACGAAAAAACAAGAACAUUGAUAACUUUUUAAAUAGAUAUGAGAAAAUUGUGAGUGAGGUUCGUCGGUUGCAGAUGAAAGCCGAAGAUUACGAUGUAGUGAAAGUCAUCGGAAGAGGUGCCUUUGGAGAAGUACAACUGGUUCGCCAUAAAAGCACGCAGAAGGUGUAUGCAAUGAAACUCCUUAGUAAAUUUGAAAUGAUCAAGCGAUCAGACUCUGCCUUUUUUUGGGAAGAAAGAGACAUAAUGGCUUUCGCAAACAGUCCGUGGGUAGUUCAGCUGUCUAGUGCCUUUCAAGAUGAUAAACACCUCUACAUGGUCAUGGAGUACAUGCCAGGAGGGGACCUUGUAAACCUUAUGAGCAAUUAUGAUGUGCCUGAGAAAUGGGCGAAAUUCUACACAGCAGAAGUAGUCCUUGCCCUCGAUGCAAUCCACUCAAUGGGAUUGAUCCACCGAGACGUGAAACCAGACAACAUGCUUCUAGACAAAUAUGGGCACCUCAAGCUGGCAGACUUUGGCACCUGUAUGAAGAUGGAUGAAACAGGUAUGGUGCGUUGUGAUACCGCCGUGGGCACCCCAGACUACAUAUCCCCUGAAGUAUUAAAAUCUCAAGGAGGAGAUGGGUACUAUGGAAGGGAGUGUGAUUGGUGGUCGGUGGGCGUCUUCUUGUUUGAAAUGCUGGUUGGGGAUACCCCAUUUUACGCUGACUCCCUGGUAGGAACAUACAGUAAAAUCAUGGAUCACAAGAAUUCACUAAACUUUCCUGAAGAUGUGGAAAUUUCAAAGAACGCCAAGAACCUCAUCUGCGCCUUCUUAACGGAAAGGGAGGUGCGCCUUGGAAGAAAUGGGAUAGAAGAAAUUAAGCAGCACACUUUCUUCAAGAAUGAUCAGUGGACGUGGGAUAACAUACGAGAAACCGCUGCCCCAGUUGUGCCUGAGCUGAGCAGCGACAUUGACAGCAGCAACUUUGACGACAUCGAAGAGGACAAGAAAGACGUGGAGACAUUUCCGGUUCCCAAAGCCUAUGCGGGAAACCAGCUUCCUUUUAUAGGAUUCACCUACUACCGUGAAAAUCUAUUGCUAAAUGACCCAUCCCAUACCCCGAAAGCAAACAAUCCCUCCGUGCAGCCAAUGAAAGAGCAAUCGGCACAGCUGCAGAAGGAAAUCAAUCAGCUGAGCGAACGACUUCACAAUGAGAUGCAGGGCAAAGAUGAGCUGGAAAGCAAGUACCGAUCAGUGAAUGCUCGUCUAGAGAAGACCGUAAAAGAGUUGGAUGAAGAGGCAAAUUCUCGAAAAAACCUUGAAUCCAUGAAUCGGCAGCUAGAGCGAGAGAAAGCUUUACUGCAACACAAGAACACAGAGUACCAAAGAAAAGCAGAAAAUGAGGCAGAUAAGAAACGUAGCCUGGAAAGUGAAGUGAACAGUUUGAAGGAUCAACUUGAUGAUCUGAAAAAGAGGAACCAAAGCUCCCAAAUAUCUAAUGAGAAAAUGAACCAGCUUCAAAGACAGCUGGAUGAAGCCAAUCUUUUAUCACGCACAGAGUCUGACACAGCAGCCCGGCUGCGGAAAACCCAGACAGAAAUGUCCAAACAGAUCCAGCAGUUAGAGGCCAACAACCGGGAAAUGCAGGAUAAAACUUGCAUGCUGGAAAAUGCCAAACUGAAACUAGAAAAAGACUUCAUCAACCUGCAGUCUGCUCUGGAGUCAGAAAGGAGAGACUGGACACAUGGCUCGGAAAUGAUCAGCGACCUUCAAGGUCGAAUAUCUGUCUUAGAAGAAGAUCUGAAAAAAGCAAGAGAGUUGAUGGCUAAAGCCGAUGCAGAAAAACGACAGCUUCAAGAGAGACAGUCUGUUUUAGAGAAGGAAAAGAGCAAUCUGGAGAUCGAUUUUACUUACAGACUGAAAGCACUCCAACAAAACGUGGAAAAAGAGGAAGCCGAACACAAAGCCACAAAGGCCCGGCUGGCCGACAAGAAUAAAAUCUACCAGUCUAUCGAAGAGACAAAAUCAGAGGCCAUGAAAGACAUGGAGAAGAAGCUUCAGGAUGAGAGAGCGUCUAAGCAGAGAUUGGAGAACAACUUACUGGAUGUCGAAAAGCAGUGUUCCAUGUUGGACUGCGACCUUAAACAAGCCAAGCAGAAGAUCAAUGAGCUUGACGCACUGAAAGACAAACUGACGGAGGAUGUUAAGAAUUUAACAUUAAAAACUGAACAAGAGACACAGAAGCGCAGCUUGACGCAGAAUGACUUGAAGAUGCAGCUGCAGCAAGUCAACGCCUUGAAGAUGUCCGAAAAGCAAUUAAAGCAAGAGAUCAACCACCUGACCGAGAUCAAACUCAGCUUUGAGAAACAGAACAGCGAACUCCGCAAAGAGCGUCAAGAUGCAGAUGGCCAAAUGAAGGAGCUCCAAGACCAGCUGGAAGCAGAACAGUAUUUCUCAACCUUGUACAAGACCCAGGUUCGGGAGUUAAAGGAGGAAUGCGAGGAGAAGGCCAAGCUGUGUAAGGAGAUGCAGCAGAAGGUCCAAGAACUGCAGGAUGAGAGAGAUUCUCUGGCCGCUCAGCUGGAAAUCACGCUAACCAAGGCAGAUUCCGAGCAGCUGGCUCGCUCCAUCGCCGAGGAGCAGUAUUCUGACCUGGAGAAAGAGAAGAUUAUGAAAGAGCUGGAGAUCAAGGAGAUGAUGGCUCGUCACAAGCAGGAGCUUGCCGAGAAAUAUGCCACAAUAACAUCUCUAGAAGAAGCUAACCGGACGCUAACAAUUGAUGUAGGCAAUUUGGCUAAUGAGAAGGAGGAUAUGAACAACAAACUGAAAGAGUCCCAAGAACAAAUCGGGCAUCUGAAAGAGGAAGAAACCAGUAUUGUAGUCAUCAAGUCUCAGUUCGAGAAGCAGUUGCUGAAUGAGAGGACACUUAAAACACAGGCUGUAAACAAACUGGCUGAGAUAAUGAACCGGAAAAUUCCCACGAAGCGUGGACCGGACAUGGAUGUGCGACGAAAGGAGAAGGAGAACCGGAAGCUGCAAUUAGAACUGAAAUCUGAGCGGGAAAAACUGACUCACCUUGUCAUCAAAUACCAGAAAGAAAUGAAUGAAAUGCAGGCGCAAUUGGCGGAUGAAAGCCAGGUUCGUAUUGAGCUGCAGAUGGCUCUAGACAGCAAAGACAGUGACAUCGAGCAACUCCGGUGCCAGCUGCAGACCAUCAGUAUCGGUCUGGACAGCACAAGCAUUGGUAGUGGACACGGGGACGCUGAUGCAGAUGACGGAUUUCCAGUUCACAUCACUCAGUCCCGGACUAUGGAGUCCAUGUCUUUCACCUACCAACGUUCUUCUACUUCUGUCCGCAUUGCCACUAAGCCCUCGCGUUCUCGCUUGCUUCUCGACUCUGAUUCUGACUCAGAGGAGGAACCGUACCCCAGUACACAAGCCCUCCCAGAGCCUGAUAGCGAUGAUAGUGAAGAGUCCAGGUUGGAGGGGUGGCUGUCUCUCCCUGUCCGCAACACCAAGAAGUUUGGGUGGAUUAAAAAGUAUGUGGUUGUGAGCAGCAAGAAGAUUCUGUUCUAUGACAGUGAGAUGGAUAAGGAGCAAUCUAACCCCUACAUGGUAUUGGAUAUAGACAAAUUGUUCCAUGUGCGAGCAGUCACACAGACUGACGUGUAUCGAGCAGAUGUCAAAGAGAUUCCCCGGAUAUUUCAGAUUUUAUAUGCCAACGAAGGAGAAAGCAAAAAAGAACAAGAAUUCCCAGUUGAUACCAUGGAGAAGUCCAAUUAUAUUUGUCACAAAGGGCAUGAGUUUAUCCCCACGCUCUACCAUUUCCCUACUAGCUGUGAUGCUUGUAUGAAGCCUUUGUGGCACAUGUUUAAACCCCCUCCUGCUUUGGAGUGCAGGCGGUGCCAUAUCAAAUGCCACAAAGACCACAUGGAUAAGAAAGAAGAGAUAAUCGCUCCUUGCAAAGUAAACUUUGAUAUUUCUACGGCAAAGAACCUCCUUUUGCUUGCAAAUUCUACGGAUGAACAGCAGAAGUGGAUUAGUCGGCUUGUUAAAAAAAUCCCCAAGAAGCCUCCAACGCCAGAUCCCUUUGCUAAAUCCUCUCCGAGAGCUUCCAUGAAGGUACCGCAAAACCAAUCCAUGCGACGGCCUAGCCGACAGCUCCCUCCAAACAAACCCAGCUUACUUGAUCUGGCAUUUAAAGAUUGGGAUUGGUCUCUGGAUGAUGUAGAGGAUGAUGAUGAAGAUGUGUUUGAUUUUUGAAGAAGUGCACUGGCUAACUGCCUUCUGUGAAUGCAGUCCCCAUUUCAAGAUCUUUUCUUCCAAUUUAAAUAAGACUGAAAUACACAAUGAUGUCCCAAAAUAUAAAAAAGCAAAAAAGUGAAAACUACAAAAAACUAUAUAUAUAUUUUUUUUUUUCCUAAGAGACAGUACUAUAUAUAUCAGAGGUUUACAAAAUUGUUGCUGCAAUAUAUAAAUAUAUAAAAUUUGUUAUCAUCUGACCAGUGGCUUUGGAAUCCUCAGGGUGGUCAGAAAACACACUGGGAUUAAAUAUAAGCAAACCUGGGAUUUUCUUCAUCUUUGGCUAAAGACUACACAUUGUCUAACAAAUUAGAGGCAGUGUGUGAAGGUGCCUCUAGGGCUGAAAACGAUUAAAUGGUUUCACUUGGAGAAGACAGUCUCAUGAAGAGCAGAGAUGGGGCAAUACGCCACUUCAAUACACCACUCUGCCUCCGGGAAUUCAACACUACAUGGAUUAAUCAACGCAAGGGCCACAACUGAUGGAUCAAUAACCUCUUGGUGCUCCGUACAGAUCAGAUCACAACAUUGGCCAAGAAAAGAGCGCCUUGGUUCACAGACCAUUCUACUGUGUAUAUAUUUGUAUUGUACUGUACCACAAGAGGCUUUGUGAGAACGCCACAAUUUAUUUUUGUACUCAUUGACUGAUAUACCAUUACUUACCGCAGUUGUAACUAUGCACAUGUACGAAGCCAUAGAGUGGAACCAUUUUUGGUCCUGUGUACUGGGACGAAAAAAAUAAAUUGCAUGCAAGUGCUGAGCAGCUUGUUUAAGAUUUGAUCCUGAAACAUUUUCUUCUUUUUUUAUUUUUAUUUUUUCCCUCUAUACAAAUGGAUACCUUCUGUGAUAUCUAUGAAUGCCUUAAUUUAAAGUUGUCAAUUUAUUUUGACCAUUCCAUCUCUCUCUAUAUCAGAUCUUUGGACGCAAACGUUAAGAUUAUUUUGUGCUGGGGAGGGAAGGGGGUAGCGCGCACUAUUUUUUUUUUUUUUUACAUCUAUCAGAACAUUGCCAGUCUUUUUCUGAAUGUAUUUAAAGUAAUUUGGAGAUAUUACAAGUGUUUGACUGCACAUUAACAGAAUGCAUUGGAGCUUAACAUAUCUUUUAAUCUUCACACCGAUAUUUCUGCAUCUCUUCUCCAAAUCUCUAUAUUAAUAUUCACGCUCUAUUCAGUACAUUUCAUUAAGUGCUAUGACCUGUUUUGGCCUUGUUUAGGGUUCUAGAUAUGUUUUUAUUUCUUAAAACAAAGAAGCGUCUGUGAUUUAUAUUUUUAUAAGUGUUCCUGGCACAUGUUCCUACAAGGCCUGUCACAUGCUUCAUUCAUACUGUACAUCGAGGGGAGUUUAACCUAUGGCUGUCCAUUCAUUGAUGACCCACAACUUCGGUGAUUCUCCAAAAGCCCGUUUCUAAGUCCGUGUGUGGUUUGUGGCUGAAGAGGAUUAUAGGAGCUGUUCUCGAUAAAUGGAUAGAAUGCUGCAGAUUGCCUACGGCUGCUGUAGAUGUAUUUUUAAUAUUUUGUAAACUGUUCUCUAGUGCAGAGUUCUAGGUAUACAGAGACAUUUCAAACCAAACGUUUGCAGAAUGUUUAGUUGGGAAAACGGCGAGGGCCUCAGAGGCACUUGCUUGAAUUAUUUUUACAUGGUCUUAUUAAAAAUAUAUAUAUAAUUUAUGUGGGCUCCUUCAUUCUGUAUGCCUAACUAUCCCUCAAAAGUGCAUGUUUUAUACAGAAAACAGUAUGAUAAAAUGUUAACCAUAUUGACAAUAAAAUAUAACAUGUAGUCUUCA